AUGGCUGACGUGGAGAAAAAUCCCGAUACCAGCGUGAUAGCCGGCGCUGCGGUCACAGGCAAUGCCGAGAACGUGCCUCCAGAAGGACUUGAUGGUUGGAUCUAUCGUCGGAGUAAAAUCGGAGCGUGGACGUUGACAUACUAUGCCUCGCCGUUGUCACAAAUCUUGCUCUUGUCGUUCUGCCUUUUCCUGCUACCGGGGAUGAGUAAUGCACUGUCCGGACUUGGUGGAGGUGGGCAGCUGGACCCGACCGUGGCCAACAACGCCACUGUGGCCACCUACUGUUCAUUUGCCUUCUUCGCCUUCUUCUCGGGCUCGAUUAUCAACAUCAUUGGGUCGCGAUGGGGACUGGCCUCUGCCGGCAUCGGCUAUACCACCUCAGUGCUUUCGUACAUUUGCUACAACCACACCGGCAAUUCCGGUUUUGUCAUCUUCGCGGGCGCCUUGGCUGGCUUUACUGCUGCCUUGCUAUGGACGGCUCAAGGAGCCAUCCUUCUCGCCUAUCCCCAUGAGAGUCAGAAAGGCAAAUACAUCAGCCUCAACUGGGCCAUUUUCAACAUGGGGGCGGUCAUCGGCGCUUUGAUCCCGCUCGGUCAGACGAUCCAUGGCUCGGGUAGUAGUGUGGGAGACGCCACAUAUGCCGCCUUUGCUGUCCUGAUGUUUGCUGGCGGGAUCGUCGGGCUCUGUAUAUUGCCUGCCAAGAAGGUCGUUCGUCCAGACGGCAGUCGCGUGAUCUUGAUGAAACACCCUUCUUGGAAAACCGAAUUUUUGGGCCUCUGGGAGCUGUUGCGGACGGACUACUUCGUGGUCCUCCUCUUUCCGAUGUUUCUGUCCUCAAACUGGUUCUACACCUACCAGUUCAAUGACUUCAACCUGGCCAUCUUCAAUGCUCGAACUCGGUCACUCAACAAUGUCAUCUAUUGGGCCAUGCAGAUUGUGGCCUCAUUCGUUUUCGGGUUUGCUCUCGACUGGACCCGGUUCUCGCGGCCCGUGCGCGCCCGUGUCUGCUGGGUGGCGUUGUUGCUCCUGACUCUGGCCAUCUGGGGAGGUGCGCUGAAGCAUCAGAGUCACUGGUCUCGGAGCGAUGUCAAACCGACGGCGGAUGCGCGGAUGGACUGGAGCAGCUCCGGCUACGGCGGUCUCUUCGUGCUCUACAUCUUUUGGGGCUUUUACGAUGCCGCGUGGCAGACGUCGAUCUAUUGGUACAUGGGCUCUCUUUCCAACAGCGCUCGCAAACUGGCCAUGUACGUCGGGUUCUACAAAUCCAUCCAGAGUGCGGGUAGUGCCAUUGUGUACCGACUGGAUACACUGGCGGUGUCUUACAAUGCCAUGUUCGGGAUCGCGUGGGGUCUUUUGUUGGGCGGCCUGGUCUUUGCAUUCCCACUGAUCUGGUUCAAGAUCACACCCGAGACCAGCCUGGAGGCCGACCUUGAAUUUGCCGACGAGGUCGCGGCCGACGUGGAGCCUGCUUUUGCAACGGAGAAGGCUUAG